AUGAAGUUCUUCGAAAACGUGUUCACCUAUGAUUAUUCCUUCCCUGCCGUCUCACUCGCCUACUUCCUUCGCUACCCGAACCCCUACUCCCGCCAUGUCCUGACGACCGACGUGAUCGACCGCUAUGUCGACCCGGCCACCCAGCGGCUGCAUACCGUCCGCCUUCAUCUGAAGAAAUCCAAAGUCCCGGCCGGUAUCCUCAAAUUACUUCCCAAAGGAAUGGGCGGCUCCGACAGCUCCGGCCAGAGUUAUAUCCUCGAAAGCACUGUGGUGGAUCCCAUCGAGGGCUGGAUGGAGACUGAGUCUCGCAACGUGGAAUGGACUGGCAUUCUCAGUGUCGUAGAGAAGCAGCGCUACCAGCGUCACCGGACCGAAGAAGAUCUCCAGGCUCUCGAUGGCCUGUCAAUCGAUAAGAAGACUGAACAGACGACCGUGCGAACCACGGUCACGUUCCGAUCUCGGCUCGGCCAGGGCAAGUUGCUCGGUCGCAAGAAAGCCGAGGCGAUCGACCACCCAGAUUCCGAGGAUGAGGCUCCCAAGAAGGGCUUCUUCUCUUCGCUGUCCACGGCUGGCAUCCAGCGAACUAUUGAAUUGAUUGGCGUGAGCCGGACCCGCGAUGCCGUGAUGAAAAGCAAGCAAGGUAUGAAUGUGGUCCUGGAGCGCCUGCGCAGUGGCGGCAUCGUCGGCGUCUUGGAGGGCAUGCGCAUGGAUCGCGAGGCGGCCUUUGGACCUGACGGGCCUUGGAAACGCGUCUGGUUGCAGGGCAGUGGCCUCAAGGAGCGGGUCUACGUCGACGACGAGGACAACUGA